AUGCCGGGUCACGGGACAACGAACGCCAUAUUUGCACUCCGCCAAGUGUGCGAAAAACAUCACGACGUGCACAGGAAUCUGCAUAUGGUGUUCGUUGAUCUGGAAAAAGCGUAUGACCGAGUACCUAGAGCAGUUUUGUGGUGGGCAUUGAAUGAGAAAGAUAUACCUGGUAAGUAUGUGAGGUUAAUCUGUGCCAUGUACAGUCGAGCCAGGACGUAUGUACGAACCGCCGCGGGGAAUUCCGACGAGUUCAGUGUGGCAGUGAGCUUACACCAAGGAUCUGCACUAAGUCCCUAUCUCUUCCUGCUUGUGAUGGAUGCCUUGACAUCGGAGAUACAGGAAGAGCCCCCUUGGUGUAUGCUGUUUGCCGAUGACAUAGUGCUCGUCGGAGAAAACGGGCUCGAGGUCCAAAACAUACUGGAGAAAUGGCGAUGCAAGCUGGAGAGUGUUGGCCUAAAAAUCAGCAGAUCGAAAACCGAACAUCUAUUCUGUGAUUUUGGCGGUCUCUCCAAUUUUACACCCAUUUCCCUCGACGGAACACCUUUGCCAGUAUGUCAAGACUUCCGAUACCUAGGGUCUGUUAUCCAAAGCGACGGUGAACUGGAUCGUACAGUGUGA